AUGGCUUCUAACGGGUCAGAGUCGCCGGAUGAGACCUUCUUCAACGAUCUUUCCCAACAAGCGCAAGAAACAAAUUCUACCAACGGUCAGGACACACAGCAGGAGGGGCCGAACAAGGUCAAAAGGAUCGCUUGUGUUUUGUGUAGGAAGAGGAAGCUGCGAUGCGACGGCGCCCGGCCGACGUGUUCGACAUGUAAGCGACUGUCCCACGAUUGUGCCUACGAUGAAGUCCGCAAGAAAAGUGGGCCCAAGCGUGGCUACGUGAAGCUGCUCGAACAACGACUGCAGCAAGUCGAGACCCUCCUUAAGACCCAAGACACGGCCGACUCGAGCAAAGAAGCCCCGCGCCAGGAUUCCGCUUCCGCAUACGUCGCGAACACUAUAAAUCAAGCGCUGUCGAAUUCUAGGGACGGCCUCAACGCGACAAACAAUUUCCAAGCAGGAACCAAUGCAUCGAGGACUGCUGGCGCAAGCCCAUUUCAAAAUGCCGGUACAACAGGGAACGACGCCGAGACUGAGCCCUCAUGGGAAAUGAUAGGACUUGGGCUAGAGGAGCCUCUGCCUCCCCAAGAAAUCAUGGACGAUCUAUAUCAAAUAUACUUCUCCAAGCUCCAUCUCUCCAUGCCCAUCAUACAUAGACCAAGAUUCAUGGCCGCUUUAAACCUGGCUCCUCACAUGCGACCCCCAGUUUGCCUGCGAUACAUCAUUUGGACUCUAGCAGCUUCCAUUACAGACAAAUACGAUGCGUUACACGAACAUUUCUACCAACGUGCUAGGAAAUACGCGCAAGCAGAUGAAAUGAAGGGCCAUGGAGAGUCUACCAUCACCCUUGCACAUUGUCAGACAUGGGUUCUGGUGGCUACGUAUGAGUUCAGGCAAAUGUACUUCCCGAGGGCCUGGUUGUCAUCUGGGAGAGGCGCAAGACUAGCUCAGAUGAUGCAGCUACAUCGCUUGGAUGGAGCGGGACUUGAUGUGAAGCAAUGCCUGGCUCCACCAAAGGAUUGGACCGAGCGUGAGGAACGUCGAAGAACCUUCUGGUUGACUUUUUGCAUUGAUCGAUAUGCAAGUAUUGGAACCGGUUGGCCGAUGACCUAUGAUGAGAAAGACAUCAUAACCAACCUACCUGCAAGUGAUGAAGCGUUCGAGAAGAGUAGGCCAAUGACAACUGGGCCAUUGGAGGAAAUCUUCAAUCCUGGAGGCGUGGCAAACCUCCAAGCACUCGGCGGUAUUGUUCUGACAGCUGCCAUGUUCGGCCGCAACUUGCUUCACUUGCACCGACCCUCGCCAGACGAUAACGACGACGAUAUCAACGGUGGCUUCUGGAACCGACAUCGGCACAUUGAGCGUAUACUCCUUCAAACAUCGCUGAGCCUACCAGACCCUCUCCGUCUACCAUCUAGUCUAGCUGAUCCUAACGUCGUGUUCACGAAUAUGUGCAUCCAUACCUCGGCAAUAUGUCUUCACCAAGCAGCAAUCUUCAAGGCAGACAAGUACCGGUUGCCGGCAAGCGUCAGUAAUGAGAGCAAGAUCCGAUGUGUAACAGCAGCGGCAGAGACUGCUUCUAUUAUGCGCAUGGUCAGUCAUAUGGACCUUGGUGCAAUGAACCCGUUCAUCUCUUUCUGCGUUUAUGUGGCAGCAAGAGUAUUCGUCCAGUACCUUAAGACCCGACCAAAAGAUGAACAAAUGAAGUCCUCGCUGCAAUUUCUCUUGCAAGCCAUGGAAGCCCUUCGUCGGAAGAACCCGCUCACGGAGUCGUUCUUAGUGCAAUUAGAUCUUGAUUUGGAAGGCGCUGGUCUGCAAGGCAUGCGUAAUCAGCCAUUAGCACAACCUACGGGCAAAUCUACCAUCAUCUCGAUUCAUUCUGAUCCGCAAAUUCGCUGUAGUCCUUUGAUCAACAUACAAGAAUCACAGCAUUCUACCGCAGCAGCCACCACGUUCAGAGAUGGCGUUCCAUUUACUCCAGCAUCGAUACCCAAUACGCAAUACUCGAACAACAAUUCAGGUCCGCCGUUUCAUAUCCACAGCAUCAACAGCAUCAAUAUGCAUGCGCAGAAUGCGGCCUUCAUGCCAUCGCAAUUUAACUCACACGGAAGCUUUGCUGCUAACCAAGAAUUCACUCCCGCCGGCUUCGCAUUCAAUGAGGGGAAUGAGAUGGACCUCUCUGGAGGCGAUAGAGGUGUUGACCAGCCCAGUCCCGCAACAAUGAGCACCCAAUCACGAAACGGUUCAACGUCACGAUCUUCUUACUCUCCUGGUCAGCCAAUCGAGCACAACAUCCCAUACCGGGCGUCCCCUAAGAUGACAGGGCCGCCGCUGGGUUCUAACACUGGUUUCCAAGGAUUUGUUGCUCCUAGCGAGAGCUUUCCUGCAAAUAACUUUGGCGCAUCUGGAAACAUGGGCAACACAGGUUAUGGUGAUGGGUUCGUGAUGGGCAACGAGUGGGAAUAUGCGGCUUUGAAUGCCGGGACAGGUCUCACGCCGAUGGCAGACGCAUCGUGGGAUUCGAUGCUGGAAAAUAUCACGAUGGGAUGGGAUUCUGUCGGUCCUGGACACGAACACGCCAACCGAGCAAAUGCGGCUGGGACAUGA